CGCAGAGGAGCGAGGAGCGAGGGGCCGAGGGCAGGAGGGCAGGGAGGGGAGGGCAAAUCCACGUACAGUGAGCGGCUUCUGGACAGCAAUCAUGCUCUGGGAGGAGUGGUCAAUGGAGCCAGUGCAAAUCUAACUUCAUCAAAUCGGUAGAAAGAGUUGUUUUUUUGUUCGUUCUGGGCAACGCAAACCGCGGAAGUGGGAGCUCGUGAGGCUUCUGGGCGGUGGUGGCUCGCGAGCACCUGUUUGGUUGAGAUUGUGAUUCUGCUGCUGCUGCUGCUGCUCAAUAGCUCUGCAUUCGAAGUUGAGAUUUCGCGCGAGUUCUCAGCCGAGCUUCGCAUCGGUACACUUGUUCGCUUGCCCGUCCGAUGAGUGUUUAGGCCCUCGUGUAUCAGAUGUGUCCGUCGGUACCAGUGGUCAUCGAGGCUGCGUGGUGUCGGAGGGGAUUGACAUUUGGGGAUAUGAUUGGAAGGCUGGAAACGGAAAUUCGUGGCUAGAGCAGAUUUCGGUAGGGCACGUGCUGAAGGGGAGGGUGGUAGCAGGAGGAACCCUAAGACAUGACGAGUGAGAGUGGGGACCAGAACCCUGGGGAUCCCGUGUCGAGAGAGAGAAGACGUAAGGUGGAAAAAAUCUUUCAACAGUUUGACCUCAAUGGAGACGGUCGACUCAAUCGCGACGAAAUGGCAGCUCUGGUGAUAGCUGUGAACCCGAGAGUUAAGUUCUCGGAGGAGCAAAUCAGUGCUAUAUUGGACGAGGUGUUUCGUACUUAUGGAGACUACAUCGAGGGAGAUAAAGGGUUGAGUUUGGAUGGGCUUGUGAGAACUUACGACGACGGAGCAGGAGAUGUUGACAGAGAUUUUGAUGCUCUGGCACUGGACCUGGACGAAGGCGAUGGAGGGGUGGACUUGUCUGGAGACAGGUUCGUGGAUGACCUCAACAACAGAGAAACAGCUUCGGUUGCGAGUGGCUCGACUGCCCCGCGUGGAGCAGUUUCUAUCACUGACGAGAACAAAUUUGUCAGAAGAAAAGAAAAUGUCGGCGCGUGGGCGUCUUCUCCUAACAAUGGAAUUGUGUACGAUGAAUCGUGGAAGCUCGUUGAAGACCUGGAACUGUUUCUCCGUAGAGUGGAUCAGAAAAUCGAGAGCAAAAAAAAAGAGAAGGAGGAAAAAAAACCUACCGCUUCAGCUGUGGAAGCAGGGGAUUGGUCGAAGGACCUAGGAUCCAUCAGUCAAAGAGAAGACGAGGCAGGCCUUGGUGGGAGAAAACCAGAAGAACUUGGAUCGGAUUAUGUUACAUUUAAGAAGUCUUUGGUCGACUUUCGGACCAAAGCGGAUGGGCUGCGGAUUAGAGGUGAUAGUCGCGGGGACCUCAUUGCGUUUGAUGCACAUUUGGCUAUGGGAAGGACUCUGUCUGAUCACCGAUGGUAUUCAGAAGCUCUUACUAGUUUUCAAAGAUCAGUGGAGCUGAAGCCCAACGACACCAGAGCCCAUUUCAGAGCUGGAAAUGCUCUUUACUCAAUUGGGCGAGUAUCAGAAGCUCGUGCAGCUUACGAAAAAGCUUUGGAGACGGCUCAAAGUUCUCACGCAGCAUUGCGCCCUCAGGUGCACGUCAACCUUGGUAUAGCCCUUGAAGGAGAAGGAAUGCUAUUAGGAGCUUGUGAACACUACCGUGAGGCGGCUAUACUGAGUCCUCAACAUUAUCGGGCUCUGAAACAUCUGGGAUCUGCCCUUUUAGGGGUGGGUGAAUAUCGAGCUGCAGAGAAGGCUCUAGAAGAGGCUAUCUAUCUUAAGCCUGAUUAUGCAGAUGCACACUGUGAUCUUGGGUCAGCCUUGCACGCGCUGGGAGAUGAUGAGCGCGCAAUCUCAGAGUUCCAAAGAGCUAUAGAUCUGAAACUGGAUCAUGUGGACGCUUUGUACAACCUUGGAGGCCUGUUAAGGGAUUCUGGGAAGUAUGCUCGUGCUGCAGACAUGUAUGCCAAAGUCCUGAGCAUUAGGCCCAGAGAUUGGCGUGCUCAGUUGAACAGGGCAGUCUCGCUGCUGGGAGCUGGAGACAGUGAAGGAGCUAAGAAGCCCUUAAAGGAAGCUUUCAAGAUGACGAACCGAGUGGAGGUUUAUGAUGCAAUAAUGUAUCUAAAACAUAUGCAAAAGAGGCCGAAGGGCUUCAACUCAGCCAUUCAGAGUGCCCAAGAGGGUAUGGUUAGGGGGGACUCAAAUGGAGCAGUUGUACCCUCUCCUGACGGCUAUAUGGUGAUUGAAUUGGGUAAAUUUCAUAGAGCUACGAGUAAGACCAGUCCAAGACUAUGGUUGGGCUGCGCGCUGGACAUAAGGCGAUUCCAAAAGCAGACUCGUUUGCACAAGUUUGAGAGCUCUACACUGAAACAUGAAAUAGACGAUAAUGCAAAGAAGUCAGGUGAAGUCGGACCCUCUGCGAACUUAAUCAGGAAGGCGGAGCUGGAGAAAAUUCUUAGGCGAUUACUCCAUUUUCUUACGCCGGAGGCUUUUCAAGCAUCCGUCAAAGCCAUCAAUGAAAAAUUGUUGGGAGUGUUAGAUAGAAGCGCCACGGGUCGUGUCGACUUGGGUAUGUUCCUGGCAUCUAUAUCUCCUCUCUGUGCCAGUCUCACUCCGGAAAAGAGGAAGCGACUGGUUUUCCAAAUACUGACUUGGAGGAACCCUGUAUCCGAGGGAGAGAUUGCCAAAACGGAUGCCAAAACCUACAUCAAGUUCAUGCGUGCUAUUUUCCUUCCCACUCAAGGAACUAGCGACAUGUGGGAAUUGCACGGAGACGACGAUCAGGUUAACAUCUCUUAUCCAGAGUUUGUGGAAAUGUUCGAUGAUCUGGACUGGGGAUUUGGGAUCUUGAAUCUGUUGGCCAAGUUGGAGGGUGGUGACCGUCUUCGUCAUCAAGGAUUACCAUGUGCUGUGUGUUCCUAUCCAAUCAUGGGAUCCCGUUUUAAGGAGGUGACUUCAAACUUUAAUCUCUGCUCGACGUGCUACAGUGAAGGGAAGGUCCCCACGUCAUUUAAACAGGAUGAGUACAACUUUAGGGAGUAUGGAAUCGAUACAGAGUCGAUGAAGGAUAGAUUCAAGUUUUUUAACCUGCGAAAUUCACCUGGGUCUAUGAAGCAGCAAUGAUAAGAGAGACUAGGUCGGAGUCUCUCCUCUUGUUAGAAGUGUGACUCUCGCAAACAAUGUCCAAUCUUUUUCCCUCACUUUCAAUCUUGAGGUACCGAUUGUAGGAUAUUUGUAUAGAGCAAGGAGAAGUGCGUUCCAGGUUGCAGCCAUGGCCUUUGUUUGUAUUAAUAGAAGGGUAUGCAGUUGUUCCAAGGCAGUUCGACGGGUGUUCUGAGGUCAAAGUUUUGGUUUCAAUCAGUGUUGUAGCAACUUACAUUUUGUGCAUAAUGUUAAAUGUGAAUCCCUCGAGUCAACC